AUGACUCAAUUUUUUUGUUUAAUUGCUAAAGCUUGGUGUUGGAGUGAUAAUGACGAUCUUAAAGGAAUCAUUAUUCGCCUAAUCGAAGAUGUUGGUCGUUCUUUUGCUGAAAAAUUUACAGUUUAUGCAACAAAUUUGUGCCCAUACCUUUUAAAUGUGCUUCAAAAUGAUACUUCUCCUGACAGAAAACUUACUUUAAAUGCACUUUCUUGUACUCAAACAAUUUCAAAAUGUCUUGGAACACAUAUUCAUUUAAUUCUUUCACCUAUCCUUGCAUGUAUUGAAGAUGUUGAUUCACCAGAAAAAAAUCGUUUAGCAGCACUUGAAACAGUAAUAUCAUUAGCUUCAAAUCAUCCAAUAAUGGAACAAGCACCUCAAAUUAUGCAAACUUGGAUGCGUUGUAUUUCUAUUAAAUUUAUGCAGCCAAAACUUAUACAAUUACUUUCUACUAUAAUUAAGAAAUGGGACCAAUUUCCAAUCUACAAAGAUAGUGUCAAUACAGCAUUAAGACGUCAUCGAGUAGAUGGCGCCCUCCGCCAAGAAUAUCGAGAACAAUUGGCAAACUUACAAGUUUUACAUGCUCAAAACCUUCCUCUUCAACUUGAACGUCAACCUAUAACCGAACCUUCUUUUGUACGGCAAAUACAAUUUUUACCUCCACUUGAAGCUGAAACCUCGAAAGAAGAUUUUCAUGUUAAUGUUGAUCAGUUACGCCGUUGUUGGAAAAUUCAAACUUUAACUUCUCGCGAAGACUGGCUUCAAUGGCUGAGCACUUUACGUGUUCAUUUUAUCCGUCAAAGUCCAUCGCCUGCUUUGAGGGCAUGUACAGGAUUAGCUGAAGCACACGAUCCUUUGGCAAAGGAACUCUUUAAUGCCGCAUUUAUUUCUGUUUGGACUGAACUUCGUGAAUCAGACCAAAACCAACUUACAAUGUUACUUAUUGAAAUUUUGAAGCAAUGUCCACAUGCAGAGCCUAUCCAAGCAAUUUUAAAUUUGGCAGAAUUUAUGGAUCAUUCAGAGAAGGGUCCUUUUCCAAUAGAUUACAACACGUUAAGUAAAUCAGCAGAACAAACUCGUGCUUAUGCUAAAGCUUUGCGCUAUAAAGAACUUGAUAUAUUAAAAUCGAGAAAAGGAGAACCUAAUCCUGAUGAUUGUCAAUCUUUGAUAAUUUUAUUUAAUAAGCUCAAUUUGGAAGAAGGUGCUGCUGGUAUUGUUCAAUAUGCAAGGAGGCAUAAUAUGGAAAUUUCGGGUCGUUGGUACGAAAAACUUGGUGAAUGGGAAAAAGCUUUAGAAUUGUAUAGACAAGAAAUGUUAUUAAUGCCAGAUACAGACCCUUCCUGGACUACACUUUCUUCAGCUUCUUCAUUAACAGAACAUCAUUCACAACAAUUACAGUUGCAACAACAUACCCCAACGGGACACCAACAAGAUAUUUCCCGUCAUGCAUCUUCUAUUCAUUGCGAAAAUAGUAUAUCUAGUCGUAAAUUUGAUAUAGAACUUCACCAAAUGCGUUGUCUUGAAGCUUUAGGACAAUGGUCACAACUUAGCAAUGCUUGUCAAACAGCUUUAUUGGAUUCUGAACUUGCUGAAACUCAUUUAACUCGUCAACAAAGUGAAACUCCAUUAGACAUUUCCUUAUCACAUCAUAAUCUUGGAAUAGGUGGAGGAGGAGGAGGAAGUAGCAGUAUUGGUGGGGGUAUUGGUGGUGGUGGAGGAAUUUUAAAUACAACAUUAAAUGAAUAUGCAAGGCGUCAAAAAAUUGCACAAAUGGCUGCUAGAGCUAGUUGGGCUACUGGCGAUUUUGUUAAAAUGAAUGAAUAUGUACAAAUGGUCAAUGAAAAUACACAAGAAGGCUCUUUUAUGCGAGCUGUAUUAGCUAUACGUGAAAAUGAUUUUGAGCGUGCUCAUUCUUACAUCAAUAAAGUGCGUGAUAUUUUUGAUUCUGAGUUAACUGCAAUGGCAACAGAAAGUUAUGAUCGUGCUUAUGGUGCAAUGGUUACCUUACAAGAAUUGACAGAAUUAGAAGAAGCUGUUGAAUAUAAAAUGAUUACUAAUCGUGAUGCGCGUAUUGUAAUGCUUUGGAGUCGUCGUUUACAGGGAUGUAGACCAAAUAUUGAUCAUUGGAGACGUAUUUUGUUGGUUCGUUCAAUUGUUUUUUCACAAAAUGAAUUACGCACACAUUGGAUAAAAUUUGCAGCACUUUGUCGACGUGAAGGCAAACAAGCUAUAGCAAGAAAUAUUUUACGUUCAUUAUUGGAUGUAUCUGGAGAUGUUCCUGUUGAUAAAUUAAACAUUCCUUUUGAUAAACCACAAUUAGCAUUAGCUGUUUGUAAACAAAUUUGGUGUGAAGGACAAAAAAGGACAGCUUUUUCACAUUUGGAACAACUUACUAAAACUCUUCACCGAUUAAUUGAACGUAAUCGUUUAGUAUAUCCACGUGAACAACUGGAACCUUUAGCUAGAAUUACAGCAAAAUGUUAUUUAAAAUUGGGUGAAUGGCAAGAAUCAUUACUGCAACAACAAGCUAUAAUUUUGCCGAGCGAAAGGCAUGGAAGUUUUUGUAUUUCUCCUUCAUUAAAAAUUCAAAAUUCCUCCAUAAUUAAUAAUUCAACAUCAAUUCAUCAACAACAACAACACCAAUAUUCACCCUAUUUAUAUCAACAACAAUCUACAACAUCAUCUCCAUUCCAACAACAACAACCUUUAACUAGUGCUGGAUUUAUGCAACAAAGACAAGCAUUUGAACAUUCUACAUCUAUGAAAUUACAUUAUUUUGUUGUUGCAACAAGUUUUGAUCAAAAUUGGUAUAAGGCUUGGCAUCGUUUAGCUACAACAUAUUAUUCAGCUAUUAGCCAGCAUCAAACAUCAACACCUUCGCAACUUCCUCCAACUUUAUUGCCUAUGGAAAUUGAUUAUUCUAUUGCUGCUGGGAAAAAACCUUGGCAUCAUCAUCAUUAUCAACACCAGCAACAACAACAUUAUCAACAUCAUCAUCAACAACAACAACAUCAACAACAACAAUUAGCAGCCUAUUAUACUCCAAUACCUUCACAACAACAACACCAACAACAACAACAACCACAUCACCAUCACUCUCAUCAUCAUCCUCAACAAAUAGUUACCGAUUUAACAACAAUUCCACCACCUUCAAUAAUUACUGGAGGAGGAUGUGGAGGUGGAGGAUGUGGGGGAGGUGGAUGUGGAGGGGAUGUUAAUAGUAGUGGUUAUGUUCAACAUCCACUACCUUUACAUGGUAUGCCUGUAGCUUAUGUUCAACCACCUCCAUCUGUUCAAGCAACUGCUUCUCAAAUGAAUAGUCCACCAAUAAUGCAAUCACCGCUUAGGGCACAUCAAUUAGUUACUAAUUAUGCUGUUAAUGCUGUUAGUUGUUUCUUCAAGGCUAUUCAAUUGGCUGAAGGUUCUCGUCUUGAUGACACUCUUCGCCUUUUAAUGCUUUGGUUUGAUUAUGGUGAUCGUCCAGAAGUUUUUGAACGUUUACGUGAUAAUUUAAAAAUGAUACCCUCAGAAGUAUGGCUAGAAGUUGUUCCACAAUUAAUUGCUCGUUUGGAUUCUCAAAAUAACACUGGAGUUUUAGUUAGACAAUUAGUUAUUGAUGUUGCUAAAGCAUAUCCACAAGCUUGGGUAUAUGCAUUAACUGCCGCAAUAAAAUCUCGAAAUACUCGUCGUUCCCAAGUAGCAAAAGAAAUACUUGAUAUAAUUGCUGAAAAUAAGCCAAUACUUGUUGAACAAGCAACUUUAGUUAAUGAUGAAUUAAUUAGAUGUGCUAUAUUAUGGCAUGAACAAUGGCAUGAAGCUUUGGAAGAAGCUAGUCGUUUCUAUUUUCAAGAUAAAAAUGUUGAUGAAAUGAUGAAUAUUUUACGCCCAUUACAUCAAAAAAUUGAACAAGGGCAUACUACAAUGAAAGAACAAUCUUUUAAUCAUACAUAUUAUAAAGACUUGAAGGAUGCAUUUGAACAUUGUGAGGUUUUUAGACGAACUGGAAAUCAAAAGGAAAUGACAGCAGCAUGGGACUUAUAUUACAACAUUUUUAAACGUAUAAGUAAUCAACUUCGACAAAUGAAUACGUUAGAUUUAAAUUAUAUUUCACCACGUUUAUGUAAAGCAAGGAAUUUGGAACUCUCAAUUCCCGGAACAUAUGAUCCCAAUGCUCCAUUAAUUACUAUAGCUUCAAUGCAGCCACAUUUACAAAUUAUAAUGAGUAAACAAAGGCCAAGAAAGAUUUAUAUGAGAGGAAGUGAUGGAAAAGAAUAUGCUUUUUUAUUAAAAGGACAUGAAGACCCUAGACAAGAUGAACGUGUUAUGCAAUUAUUUGGCCUAGUUAAUUCUUUAAUUUUGAGAGAAGCGGAAACUAGCAGAAGAAAUUUAACAAUACAACGUUAUUCAAUAACUACGCUAAGCCAAAGCAGUGGACUUAUUGGUUGGGUACCUAAUUGUGAUACACUUCAUUCACUUAUAAAAGAUUAUCGUGAAAAGAAAAAAAUUCCAAUAUCUGAAGAACAUAAUAAAAUGCAAAAAUUAUGUGUUGAUAUAGAUAAAUGUACAUUAUUACAAAGAGUUGAGGUUUUUGAAGAAGCUUUACGUUCAACUUGUGGUGAUGAUUUACGUCAAACUUUGUGGAUGAAAUCUCCAAAUUCUGAAGUUUGGUUUGAUCGUCGUACUAACUAUACUCGUUCAAUGGGCGUAAUGUCGAUGGUUGGUUAUAUUCUUGGACUCGGCGAUAGGUGGAUAAAUAAAUAUAUAAUUUUCAGAAUUAAUUCAGAAUUUAUAUUUUCCGGAUAUAUUUCAGAAUAA